GGCACAGGUGUCAGCUGUUACUUCUGCUUCUGCCCUCAGGCGAUAGAAACUCUGACAGGCGCACUGUUUCAGCGACCACCCCUCAUAGCUGCUGUCAAACGACAACUGAGAGUCAGAACCAUCUAUGAGAGCAAGCUCGUGGAGUAUGACCCUGAGAGAAGAUUAGGUAUCUUCUGGGUGAGCUGUGAAGCAGGCACAUAUAUCCGAACACUCUGUGUUCACCUUGGUUUGCUGCUUGGUGUCGGGGGCCAGAUGCAAGAGCUCCGCAGAGUGCGCUCAGGCAUCCUGGGAGAGAAGGACAACAUGGUGACUAUGCAUGAUGUGCUGGAUGCACAGUGGCAGUACGACAACAACAAGGAUGACAGCUACCUGCGAAGAGUUAUCCUGCCGUUGGAGAAACUGCUGACUUCACACAAGCGGCUAGUCAUGAAAGACAGCGCGGUUAAUGCCAUUUGCUAUGGAGCCAAGAUCAUGCUGCCUGGUGUCCUGAGGUAUGAAGAUGGUAUUGAGCUUAAUCAGGAGAUUGUUGUCAUCACCACAAAAGGAGAAGCUAUUUGCUUAGGUAUGAAACUCCUUGUUCUUCUUGUGCCCAGCUAA